AUGCCUCAGCUUUAUUCUCGGGCAGUGAGAUUUAACUCAUCGUCGGUGGAUAGUGAUUUUCAGCCAGUCGUUCAUAUAAUGUAUGCUACUGACAAGGUUACAGAAUCAAAGGCAAUUCAACGUAUUUAUCUAGAAGAUAAUAAAAUUGGAGAAGAUGGUACACUAUAUAUAGCUGAAUGGAUAAAAUCUAAUAAGGUACUUACUGCAAUUAGUUUGGGAAACAAUCAAAUUGGAAGUCGCGGAGCAAAAUAUCUCAGCGAUGCGUUACAAGAUAAUAUGGUAAUCUGUCAUAUUUUUCUAGAAGAUAAUGGAAUUGGUGAUGAAGGUGCUCAAUUUUUAGCUGAAGCCUUGAGAAAUAAAACGACACUUGUUUCGCUUCAACUCGCAAACAAUCAAAUCGGAGCUAAGGGAGCACAAUAUUUGAGCAAUAUAUUACAAAACAACGUGCGACUAACCAAGCUGGAUCUCAGAGACAAUAAUAUUGGUGAUCAAGGAGCUUUAUGUAUCGCUAAUGCUUUACAAGAUAACAUGACAUUAACGACAAUGAAUCUUAGUUUCAAUGGAAUUAGUGCUGCAACAGCAGAUCAACUCUAUACAUUAACGAUACUUACACUCCACAAUAAUCAUAUCGGAAGUAAAGGAGCGGAAUAUCUAGCUCAAGUGUUACAACAUCAUCCGACCGUCACUUUUCUCGAACUUCAAAAUAAUCAAAUCGAAAAUAAAGGAGUCCACUAUUUGGCUUAUGCCUUAGAAACCAAUCAAGUACUUACCAGUCUACGACUCGUCGGGAAUCAUAUUGGAGAUCAAGGAGCCCAGUAUUUAGCUCAUGCUUUAGAAACGAAUAGAACACUGACCGAAUUAGCUCUUCAGAUGAAUCAGGUUGGAGAUCAAGGAGUAAAGCAUUUUGCUAAUAUGCUCGAAAAUAAUAUGAAUCUCAAAUAUCUUGAGUUGAGUAAUAAUAACAUUUCUGAUUGGAAAGCUAUUGCAGCUAUCAUUGGCACUCGAGCGAAGCAGGAAUUCAAAUGUAUUAGUCUUUGUUCAAAUAAAAUAGGUGAUAGAGGUGCACAAUUGUUAGCUUCGUUAGUAAAAAAUUCUACGACAAUCGUCGAACUGAAUCUACAAUCGAAUCAUAUUGGAGAUGAAGGAGCUUACCAUCUUGCUGAUGCGUUAAAAUUUAAUAAUGUGACAUAA